UAUAGCUCUCUGCCGGCUGUAGGAAGGAACAGACGCAUCCGGGUCAACCAGGGACUCUCAAGCGCUGGAAAACGACACACGAGUUAACACUUCUAAACAAGAAAAGGCCUCUUGGUCGAGAAAGAGCACUUUUCCCUGGUCAACCAGCAUACAUUCCGCGCGAAUCAGACGAUGGCGGAUGCGUUUGACUCCGGCGAGGGACUCCCCGUUGAAGGAGACAACGUGGACCUCAACCAGCUGAAGGGCCUGUUCACCGAGUGGCUUGACUCCGACGUGCAGGAUGGGAUAUAUAGGGAUCGUAUCAACGCCUUAAAAGGCGCCAAGCAUCUUAGACUUGUGGUCGACCUCAACCACCUACGAUCAGACGGGCGCGGCGACCUCGCUGGCCGCAUCAUGCGCCGGCCAGCACCAUACAUGUACGCACUGCGUGAGGCUGCGCGCGACGUGGCUCUAGCGAUGGAUCCUGCAUUCAUCAAGACGCUCAAGGAUAGAGACAUUCUUAUUGGAUUCGAGGGAAGCUUCGGACACCAACACGUCAGCCCGCGAGGACUCCUUGCAUCGUACUUACGCACCUUGGUUUGUGUGGAGGGCAUCGUGACAAAGUGCACCAGCGUACGACCGAAGCUGGUGAAGUCUGUUCACUUCAAUCCAUCCAACCAGAGCUUCACGAGUCGCGAGUACAGAGACAGCACAGCAGUGGAGCUUGGGUUGGACGCUGGCGGCAGAGAAAAUUUGCCUACUACCACCCUCUACCCGACCAAGGAUGCCGAGGGUCAUCCAUUGGAAACGGAAUACGGUCUUUGCCGUUUCAAAGACCACCAGACCGUCACCAUUCAGGAAAUGCCCGAGCGAGCUCCCCUCGGCCAGCUUCCUAGGUCCGUGGACGUGAUAUUGGAUGACGAUCUCGUGGACAGAGUAAAGCCAGGCGACAGGGUGCAGAUUACCGGGAUGUACCGGGCCAUCGGAGGAGCGUCCAACGGGAGUACGUCUGGUGUAUUCCGCACACUCAUCAUUGCCAACAACGUGGCCAUCCUUGGCAAGGACGUGGGCAGUGUUCAAAUGACUCCGACCGACAUCAAGAACAUUCGAGAGAUUGCCGAACGCGACGAUGUGCUGGAGCUCCUUGCCAAGAGCUUGGCGCCAUCGAUCUACGGCCAUGACCACAUCAAGAAGGCCCUGGUGCUCCAGCUGUUGGGCGGCGAGGAGAAAAACCUUGCCAACGGUACGCAUCUUCGCGGAGACAUCAACCUCAUGAUGGUUGGCGACCCUUCUACUGCAAAAUCGCAGCUGCUUCGCUGCGUGCUCAACACGGCACCGCUGGCCAUCAAUACCUCUGGGCGUGGCUCAAGUGGCGUUGGGUUGACAGCAGCUGUAACGACUGACAAGGAAACAGGCGAGCGGCGGCUGGAGGCGGGGGCGAUGGUCCUUGCUGAUCGCGGUGUGGUUUGUAUCGACGAGUUCGACAAAAUGAGCGAAAUGGACCGCGUCGCGAUUCACGAGGUUAUGGAGCAGCAGACAGUGACUAUCGCCAAAGCAGGCAUCCAUGCCAGCCUCAACGCUCGCUGUAGUGUAGUGGCGGCAGCCAAUCCUGUGUACGGUCAGUACGACAAGACCAAGCGCCCCCAGGAAAACAUCGGCCUCCCAGACUCGCUGUUAUCCCGGUUCGACCUGCUCUUCGUGGUUCUUGACCAGCUUGACGCAGAAAACGACCGUGCGAUCAGCGAGCAUGUCCUGCGUGGGCACCGCUUCCGCAAACCUGGCUCGGACAUGGAACCCGAGCAACUCAAUGGGUCAUCCGCGGAAGCAGCUGGCGAACAAGAGCAGACGGAGUCGCCAGAGGAAGCCGCGCAGGUUUGGGAGAAGCACCAUCCGCUUCUUCGGGCAUCUAGGAACACGCACGAGGAACUCGUGUGCCAGAAGUUCCUCAAGAAAUUCUUGCACUACAGCAAACACCGCAUCCACCCAGAGCUAACCGAAGACGCCCGUGAGCACAUCGCGAGUGCAUAUGCUUCACUCCGAAGCAAGCAGGGAAACAACCGAAGCCUUCCAGUGACCGCACGUUCUCUCGAGACGUUGAUCCGUCUGGCGUCAGCUCACGCCAAGGCACGCCUUAGCCACAAGGUCGAAGAAGCAGACGCAGCCAAGGCAAUGAACUUGAUGAGCUUUGCUCUCUACCACGAGACCGCCGCUUCCCUGGACGAACAGCAUGAUGAGAACAGCCGGGACAGAGACGACACGCUCCAGACAAGCAGCCAACAACAAAACCAGCACGAGGACCGAGGAGCCAAGGACGACGAUGCUAGACCUGGCGCCAAGCGCCGCCGGACAAGCAGCCAAGACGUGGCUGGUGCAACAAGCAGAGCAACGCGCGGUGACCAGAAUGUCGAUCCGGCGGCGCGUACGCAGACUGCGACGCAGUUGGUGCUGGAGGUCAUGCAAGAAAAAGACCAAAUGUCUCUCGGCGACCUGCUGUCAGCGACAAAUGCCGCCUCCACGGCCGGCACAAACUUCACACGAGCAGAGCUCAAGGCUGUCCUAUCGACCCUAGAUGACGAGAACAAGAUCAUGUUUUACGAUGACAUGGUUCACAAGGUCUAA